AUGUCCAAAAAGCGAAAACACGGCCAAGACGGCAACAGCAAAACCAAAGGUGGCAAGGGCGGCGGGCCGGCCUCCAAACGGCAUAGAAAAGGCGGCGCUCCUCCUCCGGCACCCAAGAAGCCGCAGGCGUCGCAGCAGGCCGCACAACCGCCCCGCCGCACGCCCCCGCCGUUCCAGAAAUCCUCCACCGUCCUGCUCGUAGGCGAAGGCGACUUCUCGUUCGCUUUGUCGCUGCGCCGCGCGCUGGGCGUGCGCAACGUCAUCGCGACGUGCCACGACUCCGAGGCGGACCUGCACAAGAAGUAUCCGCAGGCUAAAGAGAAUAUCGCCGCGUUCCUGGCGCCGCCGGAGGCUCGCAAGGCGGAGUAUGUCGAGGGCGAGGAGGUGGUGGAGGACGACGACGAGGAUGAUGAGACACCAGCGGCGGCCAACGCGGAGGUCAAUUACCAGGUCCACUACUCGAUCGAUGCGACGGCGCUGCUGAAGCGGCGGAUGUUCUCGAAGUCCUCGCGGCGAUACGAUUUCAUCGUGUUCAUGUUCCCGCACGUGGGCGGCGCAACGAAGGAUCAGGACCGGCAGGUGCGGUAUAAUCAGCAACUGCUGGCCGGGUUCUUCAAGCACGCGCGGCCGCUGCUGAAACCUGUCACCGGGAGUGUGGCAGUGACGCUGUUUGAAGGGUUGCCGUAUGAGCUGUGGAACAUCCGCGGUUUGGCGAAGGAGGCCGGGUUGGCUACGAGGGUUAGUUUCGUGUUUGAGUCGGAGAUGUACCCGGGCUAUGCGCAUGUGCGGACUCUGGGGAAUAUCGAGGGUGGUGGUGCGUGGAAGGGGGAGGAUAGGGCGGCGAGGAUGUUCUUAUUCGGUGUUGCAGGUGAGGGAUCACUGAUCAACCGCAAGAGGAAGGCAAAGGCGAGCGAUGAUGACGAUGAAGAUUGA